UUUCCACAGUCAUUCCUGUUGAAAUAGGCUCUAUUAUUCAGCAUAACUUGCAAGGAGCACAAUUUUGUUUUGAAUAAGUCAACUUUAUUUAGUUAAUUGCCAAUCGUCAAAUCGCCUUUAUUGUUGUUUAUCUUUUAGUUAAAGUCAUCCUGUACCGUAUAUCUUCGCAAUGGAAGCUGUAAUUGGAAUAAAUUUCAACGACUUUUCUCUGAUCGCUGCAGAUACUCAUGCAGUGUUUAGUAUUAUUUUUGUUAAAAAUGAUGUCGACAAAAUUUACACUUUGAGUGAUAAUUUACUGAUGGGGGUCAUUGGUGAAGCUGGUGAUACCGCUCAAUUUGCUGAAUUCAUUAGUAAAAAUAUUCAGCUCUUCAAGAUACGAAACGGAUUUGAAUUGUCGCCCAAAUGCGCCGCUCUAUUCAUCCAAAGGAACAUGGCUGAUUAUUUGAGAAGCCGGACACCAUACCAUUGUAAUCUUGUUUUGGCUGGUUUUGAUAAAGAAAAAGGACCCCAAAUGUUCUAUAUUGAUUAUCUUGCAACUCUCGCUGAAUUACCCUAUGUUGUUCAUGGUUAUCCUAUGAUGUUCACUUUAGGUCUUUUGGAUAAAGAUUACCGGCCAGACAUGACUGAGGAAGAAGCUAUCAAGUUGAUGACAGAUUGUAUUUAUGAAAUUAACACUCGAUUCGUUGGUUCACUUAAAAACUAUGUUGUCAAGAAGCUGGAUGCCAAUGGUGUUAAAAGAUUACCUGAUAUUUGUGUUACCAAACCUAAAAACUCCUAAUACUAUUGUCAACCUUUCGUAUAAGAACAUUUGAUAAAUCGAUGUUUAAUUUGA